AUUCUUGGAAAAUAUGAAUUGUCUGUGCAAAUUCAUACAUACACACACAUCCACAUUGCUGUAUGCAUCCGAGUGUUGAUAAACAUAUGAAUGAAUAGCAACAUUUAUUAGUUGCUGAACGCCGCUGUUAUGCUGGAGUUUAAGCUUGAGAAGCAAACGCCCACACAAUCAAAUGGAUACCGACUCAAAAAUAAUUCAAUUACGAAUUAUUUGACUUGUGGCUGGAAAUAGAAAUCUCCCGGCGAAGAGAAUAUGUUUUUUGUCAAAAACCAAAGGCAUUUCGAAAAUGCGCGCUGGCUUAUAGUUUUUUUUCGGAAUUUGUGUUGUUUGGUUUUUAUAGAAGCGACUGUAAAAUGAUUUCCGCGCUUAUUGGCCUUGAAUACGAAGGACGUAAGCUGGAACCCUACUACCGACAUGAAAUAUAAAAAGUUCAAUUGGUUAUACAAUCAUUUGUAAUGAUGAUUACAAAUUAUCACAAAAAGGCAUUCCUUAGCACCAAAACUAAAAAACCCUAAGGCACAUUGAACAGUUAGUAGCAUUAGAUCUGAACUGAUUUGAGUCCUUCUAUUUAUUUGCUCUCUAAAUUAUAAAACUUUGUUAAAAUUACUCGAAAGUGUCAGUCUAUGUUUAUCGAUUUUGACAUUCUAGGGACCAAAAACAAAAUAUAUUGCGUGGUUGACACUAGACACUGUUCUGUACGAUUUAUUGUCAAAGUAAAGGAAAGUAGAAAACAAAUAAUGAAUUCGCCUUGUUUCAUUCUGAGCUGACAGUCACAUGAACACGACGAAAGAAAAAAAAAAUUCAGCUGAUUUACCAACAUCACCUUUAAUAGAUUCGCCCUGCCUUGGCCGUAACCAAAUUCGAGAGAGCAAAGUGACAGUUCGCAGCUGAGUAACGAAUUUUACAUAUCAAAAAAGGGAAAAAAUCGCUUUCAAAAUUUAAUUUAAUAACGAAAACCAGACGAAAAAAACGCUGAAUCAUGCAAGCGCUCAUGUCUGAGACUACAGAAACUUUUACUUAAGACAAAAAUAAUAAAAAAAAGAAACAAACAAAAAAAAAACGCACAAAGUUGCAAUACGCAUUUUUCAUACGAAAAUAGUAAGUAAUCGAAAAUAUUUAAUAUACAAAGAAACAUACAUACAUACAUACAAAUGUAUGUGUAAAAAGUGAAAUUAUAUUUAACAAAAAUCAUACCAUCACAUGGAGUGAAAAAUAAAAAUAUACAAAAAAAAAAUCAAAAAGAAAUCAGUUAUAUUCAAAAGCAAAUAAAAGUGAUGGUUGUGCGUCUGAAAAUGACAGCCAACCAAAUGAGCAGCAACUUGCCUGCUAAAAAGGCUGCCACGAAAACAACAACCCAAUCAACAGCAACUAUGCUACCAACACUGCCAGCCACUUGGCGUGGAGUUGGCGCAUCUGAAGCAAGCAAACAAACAGCAUUUCGAAUACAAAAGCAAAAUCUAGAAAAAACAAUACACACAGCGUCAGCCAACAAACAGAAACAGCAGCAGCAGCAGCAACAACAGCAACAGCAGCAGCGUGUACAACUACAACGAAACUUACUCAUUGGAUUAAUUUUAACAGCAUUUUGCGCACAGGUGAGUAGUAUGAACGCACACAUACAUGCAUAUGCAAAAGCACUGUUGGAUAUUGAUACAUAUUCGUAUGUGUGAAUUAUCAAUUUGAAAUGUACAGUAAAGACGCAUUAAUCGGUAGCAAUUAAAAUUAACUUAAUUUGGUAUAUAGAAGCAAACAGAAUUACUUGUUGCUUGCAAAACACUUAAGUAGAAAUCCUCUUAACGCCUAAGGAUUUUUAUAACUAAACGCUUGCAAAAAUUAAUUAUACUCUUAUCAAUAAAGUUAUACAGGUGAUUAACAGAUUAGGAAAAAAUAACAUUCCUUCAAAUUUUUCCUAAGUAGCGGUGGGUUUUUCUAACACAGGCAAGGCUUAACUAGCUGGUAUCAUAUCAGAGCCUCUCAAAUUUGCAGAGAGCCUUCAUUCGUCGCCAUAUGUCUAUGACAUCCAAAUCCAUCUCUCCAAAAAGCAGCUCUCCUAUUGGUAGCAGGCAUUCAUAAGUCUUCUAAAGACCCUUCCUCUCUCCGCUGCCGCUCUUGUGCUAGAAGAUUCAAACGGUUUGGUUCCGCUGAUAGCUAAAAACGCUGCUUCUGAUACUGUUCUGUAUGAAGGAGCCACUCUGAGAGCGCAGGUGCGUUGCAAAGAUUAUACAGUUUUUUUACGGCAUUUCACUAGCGAAUCUGCCCAUAUUUCGCAUGCGUAUAGAAGAAUCCUGUUUCUUUGGAACGAACCUUGUGCAACAUGCGUUGCAUCUUAACGAAUUUACGGUGCGCUCAAAUGCAUUUUAUGAUAAUAUAUAUAUAUAUAUAAUUGAAGAAGUUGGCAUUAGCGGGACCAUACUGUAA